GAGGAAGCGCAGCCGGCGCAGAGCGGCCCCGCAGCCGGCCGGAGCCCCGCCGUCGGAGGUGGGCAAUGCCAGCCGGGCCACGCAUGUUGACAAAGAGCAGGGAGAUGGAUCAUGGCGUCAGCCUGGAGAACCCCUAUGCCAGUGUCAACAUCCCACGGGACCAGUUCCAGCAAAGCUUCAUCACUCGUUACCUGAAGGACAAGCCCACGGUCAUCGCCAACCCUGCAGCCGUGCCCACCUAUGGCGUGAAGGAGCAGCCAGAUCCCGCUGGCAGCUGGAACAGCCCAACCAUUUCCACAGAGAAGUCCUGGUCCCGUCCCUACAACCCCUAUGCCAGCCUGAGGAUGACCAACAGGGAGUCGCCUGACUCCUUCUACACCGUCACCUUGGACAGGCCACCCCAGGGCCAAGAGUGGGAGGCUGGCAGGCGAUGCGGCUGCUGCAAGUGCUGCCCCUGCUGCAGAAAGUGCUCCUGUGUCAUCUCCUAAGGUCCCCUGCUGCACCCGUGGGCUGUGCUGACCAUGGGACAGGGCCAGGUGGCCCCGUGGGAUCGUGGCUGCCUGGCCUGGGCACCCCAGGGAGCUGCCCCCGUGCCCGGCAGAGCUGGCAGCUGGGAGGUGGCACUGGCUGGACUCUGCUGUUGCUAUUCACCCAUGAGCUCUGCAGCCAGGUAUGCCAGUGAUGGGCACCAGCCAGGUCCUGAGAGCCCAGUGUGGGGUGUGGGGGAGACAGCCAGGUCCCCCCUGCCCUGCCGAGCCCCAGGAGCCUUGAGGAGGAUGUGUGCCAAUGCAGAUGCCACUGAGAAGUGCCUGUACUGGGGAUGGGGCAGCACUUUGAGCCUGCAAUCCUGUACGAGCCCUUGCUGGGAACUGGGAAACCUGCAACUCUGGGGAAGGUGCAGGCACUGCCCACCUGCCAGAAUGUGGGUUUGGCCAAGGGCAGCCCUGGGUGCGUGGCAGAGGAGGGCAGCGGUGUCACUGUCUUGGAGCAGUGGAGAGGAGCCAGGGACCUCAGCCAGGAUGGGGACCCACCUCCCCAGAACUGAGCGGUCCUCCCACCCACAGCAUCAUAGGGAUGGUGCAGCACCCCGUGCCAAGCUCUGUCUGGGUACCGCUCCUCCUCACCAUACAGCUGAUGGGACAGAGGGAAGGGGACAGGGAGGACAGACAGACCAAGUGUGGCAGAGGCCCCAGGGCAGCACAUUAAUGUCACAGUGCCAGGAAACCCCCAGCCCCAUUUGGUUCCUCCUGCCAAGCUUGCAGGGUGCUGGGAACAACCUCCUGCAUCCUGGCUUGAGGCUCCACACUGUUUUGGGGCUGGCUGCAGUGUGGAGGGCUGGCCCAGCUCCAGCAGCGGGGGAGCACUGGGGCACCCCGUUUGGGAUGCAGAUCCCCAUCGUUCGUCUUCUGCAACCCCCUGGGCAUCGAGGAAGGUGAGCGAGGAGCCCGCUGGCCUCUUCGCAGCGUGCUGGGGUGGCUCUAGGCUGGGGUUUCGGCUGGGACUGGCGCCGCCGACCUGGAACAAGCCUGUCGUUGUGUUGGCGUCCCACGGGUGGCCGUGCUGCCAGGCGGCAGCUGCGUAAGCACCGGGGCUGCUGCAGGAACUGCCUGGUCUGCAGGGACAGGGGCUUGGAAAGAGUGCCUGUGUUAGUAGAUGACUUCAGGGUGCUGCAAAUAAAAUUACAGCCAUCUCCUCCCCUGCCAA